GAACACAUCUCCCACACACCCUGAAGGAGUAUAAAGCCUGAUAAGACGGUGUAGACAUGCUCCAUGUACACACACAACACUAGAGAGUAGAGACUGUGUGUGAGGAGCACAUCGGGUUGGAUCCAGUCCACAUUUAUUAAUUCGUCCCUUUAGUAUUGAAAAUAGAAAGCGAACAGUUGGUGCGGUCGUCAGCAGAUAGACCCUAGACUCUAUUGAAAAACAAGAGAGAGUCGAUACAGAAGCUCGGCUGAUUGCGGAUUGGGCCGUCCUGCUCUCUGUGGACUGUAUGGAGCACAGCUAUCAUGCAACACUGUGAUUAUUAUCUGUGCCUCACCAUCUACAUCUUUACCUUCAUCACCGGCUUCCCGGCCAACGUCUUGGCCUUCUACACGCUCAGCCGCAAGGUUUGGAGGAAGCCGGCACCCAUCGACAUCCUCCUCCUCAACCUGAUCAUCUCAGACUUGCUCUUCCUCAUCUUCCUCCCCUUUAAGAUGCAAGAAGUGGCCAAUGAUAUGGUGUGGAACAUUGACUACUUUCUGUGUCCGCUGUCUGGCUUUGUCUUCUACAUGACUAUCUACAACAGCACCUUCUUCUUGACCGCGGUGAGCGUGGAGCGCUACCUCGGCGUGGCGUUCCCAAUCCAGCACUCCCUGUGGAGAAGACCCAUCUACGCCGUGUUCGCCAGCAUCUUCAUCUGGGUGUUUUCCAUCCUCCAUCUCAGCAUUGUCUACAUCGUGCCCUACUAUAACCCAUCCGGGACGGUCCCACCAUCCCGAAACGUCUGCUAUGAAGAAUUCACCCAUGCACAACUGGAGCUCCUCUUGCCCGUACGUUUGGAGUUGUGCAUCGUUCUCUUCUGCGUUCCUUUGCUUAUUUGCAGCUUCUGCUACAUAAACUUCAUCCACAUCCUUUCGAGGCUGCCAAACAUCGGCCGACGGAGAAAGCUGCGGGCGAUUGGAUUGGCUUUGGGGACGUUGUUGGUGUUUGUGCUCUGUUUUGGACCCUACAAUGUCUCCCAUGUGGUCGGUUUCAUAACCAAAUCAAGCCCAGCUUGGAGAGACAAAGCCCUUCUUCUAAGCACGUUCAAUGCUUGUUUGGACCCGAUUAUUUUUUACUUCACCUCUGCGGCUGUUAGAAACACACUCGGGGCGAUGGUGAGGAGCAUUUGGUGUCCACAAAUCCUGUGGAGCUCCAAGAAGAAAUCUCCUGAAACUGAGAAAAACAGUGUGCCGAAACCACAAGAGCUCACAAACGCACUUUGACCAAUGUUUCAUGUAGGCAUGGAAAUGACCGUGCAAUUAUUUUUGUACACGAAUGCAGCAGGGUAAACAUUACUCCACUUCCUUGUGAGAUGACAGAAGCAACAAGGAUUGCCAAAAGUGUGUUAUCUUAGUAAGAAAAGAAAACAGUGUAGCCAAACCUGUGUACAUAAAUGACUGGGAAACAGAGGAUAAACUUCCUUUGAUAUAGUGUUUAUUCUUCUUUAUAACAAACUUGUCAUCAUUCACGUUAUUCAGUAUAAACAGAAAGCAGUAUGAGGACACUGAUCGCUGGGAUAAAUGAGCCACAUUCGCCAGCUGUGUGAAGGAUAACAGAAGCGCUGGCUAUCUAACAACACGUCACGUAGAUGUUUGAAAGGUUUUCUCUUUUAAAGGCCGAUGCUUUUUCUGGAAAGUGGCAGACAGUGUGGUUUUCUGAAGGUUUGUGUACGUGUUUGAUGGUGCAAGAUAGACUUCUUCAUUUUUAGUGUCCAGGAAGUGGAAAAAUGGCACCACAGACAUUGAUGGUGAGAUAAAUGCUGAAAAUGAGAUAUGUAUUCUUGAUCGAUUUUGAUGGUAAAAUACUUACCUUUGAUAUUAAAAUAAGUAAGCCAGUUCAUAGACUGA